AUGGAGGAUGAUAAGAUGUUCAGCUUGGUCAUGCAGUUCAGGCUGCCAGGAAACCACAUGACUGAAGACCCUGUGUAUAGAGUGGGUAAAACCUGUAGCUACACCCCCUGGACCUCCCGAGAGAUUCUGUGUGACCGCAACUACAUGGAGGCUGUCGCUUCAGGAUACAAAAUGACAGCAGUCGUCUUUAGUCCUAGCAAGAAGGUCAUGAGUGUGGGUGAAGUCCAAAGAAAGGGCUAUGCAAUAGCCAACACUCCCACACGGCUGGUGUUAAGAAGCCCUCAUAAUGCAGAGGAGACAUACCUCCAGAAUGUAGCUGGGGUUCCGAUGCGGGUGCUCUCAACCUCAACCUUCUUUGAGCAGAAGUGGCUGGUUACUCGAGUAGAUGCCACGGCUGUUUGUCCAACACCAGGGGCAGUGGCCUUUACUCCAGAAGUGAUCACCUGGUACAUGCCCAAGCACAUAGACCCACUUUUCUCCUCUGAUGCCUUCACCAUGUUGGAGGUGUACAUGGGAAUUGACGCUAAGAGGCUGGACACUGAGGAAAUGGCUGCCAGAAACUACUCGGUUUUAGUCACAGAGGCUCAUAUUAUUGUUGAAAUUCCGGUGGGGGCGGUUGGCGGCUAUUUCAAGAGCCAUAUUCAGGAUGACCAGUACUUUGUCACUUACACCAUUGAGCCCAUGCUUGAGUUGCUGUGGAUCGAGGAGGUCGCACACGAGGACACCAGCUACAAAGUCCUCUUCCCUAUCACAACACCUCCGAUGGCCAGGCCUCCACAAGUUCGCAACUACACGCCCUUAGACACAGUUCCUGAGCAGGCAGUGUUUGUGCUUGAGUUGGGGACCUUCAACCUUGAUGUGGAGCUGCUGAACAUCACCUUUCCCACCAUGGUGCUAACUGUUGCAGAGUGCAACGCCAGAGGCUUCAAAGUUCAGGAGCAGAGAUCCCUGGACAACACCUUGAAGAGCUUCAGGAUGGAGGUGCCCUUCUCAGACCCGGUGGUCUUUAAGGAGAGAAGGGCGGAACAAGGUGUCACAACCUUCACUCUUCAGCUGAUCUACGGCCUGGUCGUCUUUCCAGAGUACGCUUCUUUCGCUCACUCUGCCAUUGUGGACGCUGUACUGCUGGACAUUGUGCCACCCUCAGUCACUGGCAACUGUGAUCAGGAGAACUUUCACAUCACUGUGGACUACAGGAACCAAGAUCCCUUUUUCGUGGUCUUGGUUGGCAAGCGGCUGCUUAACCAUGAGCUUGCGCAACAGUAUUUGACAGAGGGCGACGCAGACUUCACCAUCACGUUGCCCUUCUCUUCGCCGGACGCAGUGUUUGAGUCGGUUCACCCGUCCUCUGUCCGGAGCAGACUGGAUGUGGCUCUGUUGAAUCCUUACAACAACAUGACCAUCAAAUACUUUUCCCUGGCUUGCAGCUUCCUCAAAACGCUGACUGAGUGUUUCUCUAAUGGAACGAUGACUGCGCUGGCGGUCAAGGUGGAGUCUGCUCCCAGUCUGAACCCCGGUCAGCUGACCCUGAGCGACCCCGCCUGUGGUCCCACCUACAGCGACGAUCGCUUCGCCUACUUCCACUUCACUGUCAACUCCUGUGGCACCACCAGGAAGUUUAUCAACAAUGUCAUGCUGUAUGAGAACGAAAUCUCCUUGCCAGAUGAACUUGAGGUGAAGCUGAAUGGCACGACGUCUUCAGAGGAGGAAUAUCAGUUAAAGGUUUCCUGCUACUAUGUGGUCAACAUCACUCGCACAUUGGCCUUCCUCACCAGGCCGCGUGACAAGGAGCGUUUUGCCGAGACUGGGACGGGUCGACUAAUUGUCAGAAUGAGACUCGCUCAGGACGCCUCGUAUAACACGUUCCACCAGGAGGAGGACUAUCCAGUGGUGAGGUACCUGAGACAGCCUCUGCACUUUGAGGUGGAGCUGACCAGGUCCUCUGACCCCAAGGUAGCGCUGGUGCUUGACCACUGCUGGGCCACCCCCAAUGAGGACCGUGACUCCCGACCCCGGUGGAAUCUCAUCAUUAAUGGUUGUGAGAACCCGGAGGAUCCGUACCGUGUAGUCUUCCACCCGGUGGUAGCUGACGCCAGGGUCCACUUCCCCCCUCACGUCAAACGCUUUGAGGUCUACAUGUUUUCCUUCGUCGAGGAUGCGGUUGAGCCGAGUGGCCAGGUCUUUGUCCAUUGUGAUGUGGUCAUCUGUGACGCCAGUAGUCCCUCUGGCAGCCCCUGUAGUGGACAAUGUGUGAAUCAGGACAACCCGAAAAGAGAUCACAGCCAUGUGUGGGCGUUAGGCUUGUAAGAGACAUGAAUUAUAUGUGAGAUUCAGCGAACAAGGCUGGAAGGACUGGGUAUUGGCUCCUACCUGUUAGUCUGCCUUCUACUGUGAUGGAGAAUGCCUCUACCCUCUGUGUUCCUGCAUGAACUCCACCACCCACACUAUGAUCCAACUAGUGGCAGGUUCACCUUCUGAAGCCAGAUGAGGUACCCAAAGCGUGCUGCGCACCCACCAAGCUCAGUUCCAUCUCUGUACUCUUCUACGCUGACAACAACAACGUGAUCCUAAAGAAGCAUCGCAACAUGGUGGUCAAGACCUGUGAUACCAGUGGUAGCCCAUCUAUCUAUUCUACUUAAUUUUAAUCAACUUAAUUGCCAUUGUUCCAAAAAACACAAACAGGGUAAAAUAACUUGUAACCAGCAGUUGAUAGCAAUAAUCUGUCAAUAUGCUGAUAAAUAGUAUGUAUCUAAUAUAUUGAUUUUGAGUCAGAGUGGUAUAUGAACAACACCCAUUGGACCUAUAACCAUACUUCACUUUUGAUUAACUAAACUAUUAAAAUCUACAGUAAUUCAGAUAAUUACAUCACCCCUUCAUGUCAUAUAUUCUGUGACCAAUCAAAGCUGUAAAGUACUGUAUCAUAAGUAUAUCAAUGCUAAAAUUCUACCUUUUGAUGACUAUAAUAUCUUGUUGAACCAUUAAUUUGUCAUUGUCUCUCUCAGAUAUACUAAACAUGGUUUGCAAAACAUACACGUUUUUUCUUCUUCUUUAAUCAUACUUUUAACCAGUACAAGUUAGUAACAAUGGAAAAUGGCAACAAACAAAACAAUGUUUGGCCAUUUUUGUAUGUACAGAGUAACAAAUACACAGUGAUGUAUGUCCUUGUCAACAGAUAUCUGGAGGACUGUAUACUGCUAUAUUUGUAAUAAACUAUACUGAACAAAAAAACGCA